ACAAGGUGCUUUCCGAAGCCUAUUUGCAGUUAUCGUUUCGCCAUCAAACUACUGAAAACAUCAUCACGAAAUCUACAGAAAGAAUCGUUCGCGAAACGCAUACCGGCCGAGGGCAGUAAUUCAACUUGAUCGGCACAACUAGUUCCGCCACGAAAUGAGUCAACCCGCCGAAGAAAAGAUGGAUGUCGAUAGUGAUGGAGUGUCGGCAACCGCUAGCACAUCCUCAUCGUCAACAUUGGCUGCGGUACCAACGGUGGCCCCAUCAACAUCAAAAGCAUCCGCAUCUCCGACACCAUCGGCCGUGCCGGCUGUCGCUGGGAACAGUGGCCUGGGGGGCAAACCUGCUCAUGAAGGCAAAAAUGUGAUGGCCAGCAGUGCCACGGUGCCGUCGGUAACAUGCUCACUGCAUCCACUAGUUAUCAUGAAUAUUUCCGACCACUGGACGCGCACUCGGGCGCAGAGCGGAAACAAACCGCUGGCUUUAGGGGCGCUCAUCGGUAAGCAAAAGGGGCGCAAUAUUGAGGUGAUGAAUUCGUUUGAGCUCAAGUAUCACACACUCGACGACGAUGUGAUUAUCAUGAAGGACUACUACCGCGUUAAGGAAGAACAAUACAAGCAGGUUUUCAGUGAUCUAGAUUUUCUUGGAUGGUAUACCACCGAUGCACGUCCGACGGAAAAACAUAUCAGCAUUCAUAAGCAGAUAUGUGAAAUCAACGAAUGUCCUAUUAUGCUCCUUUUAGACCCGAUUAGUAGGAAUAUGAACCAACUGCCAAUUUCACUGUACGAGUCUGUGAUCGACAUAGUGCAGGGUGAAGCUAUGAUGCUGUUUGUGCCGCUCAGCUACACACUCGCGACGGAGGAAGCGGAACGCAUCGGCGUCGACCAUGUGGCUCGCAUGUCGACGAACGAUUCGGACGAAAACUCCACCGUAGCCGAACAUUUGCUAGCCCAGUACAGUGCGAUUAAGAUGCUAAAUUCACGAGUAAAGAUCGUGUUGGCGUACAUGAAGGCCGUUGAAAGUGGACAGCUUGAACCGAACCAGGAAAUAUUGCGUAUGGCCUACUCCCUGAGCCGCCGCUUACCCGUCGUACAGAAUCCGUCGUUUAAGGAGGAGUUUUACACGCAAUCGAACGAUGUCGGACUGAUCACUUACCUUGGGGCACUGACAAAAGUUUCGAACGACAUGAACCAGUUGGUGAAUAAGUUCAACGUCCUGUACGAUCGCCAAGGAAUGGGCCGACGUUUGCGGGGUAUUUUCUUCUAAGCUAUCCCGCCGAUCAACAGCAACGGACCUUUCUCGUCUAUCACACUCUACUGUCUUGAAUUACCCAACUGUUUUUAUGUUCCCUUCAAUCUUUCGUUUUAUUACAAACUUGCUCCCAAAACUGAACGCGAACAGUGAUCGCAGCGUGGUUAAAUAAAAACUUUUUGAGUUUAAA